CCCUCUCUUUCCCGCCGCUGCAGUCACCGCUCCGGCGAAGGCGAGCGAGCCUGAAAAGAGAGCCCCAAAGCUGGCUGUAAAAGCCGAGAAGUGACACCCCCUCCUUCCACAGUGGUGGUGUGUUGAGCGUUCCUCGCCCCCGCACGGCAACCCACCGACACCCACUGCGGAAUCUCCGUCCACGUCGCCUGGAUUUGAUCAUCAGAGCAGCACCAUGGGAAACGAAGCCAGUUACCCCUUGGAGAUGUGCUCGCAUUUCGAUGCUGACGAGAUUAAGCGGCUAGGGAAGCGCUUUAAGAAACUCGACCUCGAUAACUCGGGCUCGCUCAGCGUGGAGGAGUUCAUGUCGCUGCCAGAACUGCAACAGAACCCUCUGGUGCAGAGGGUCAUCGACAUCUUCGACACCGAUGGCAACGGGGAAGUGGACUUCAAAGAGUUCAUCGAGGGCGUGUCGCAGUUCAGCGUUAAAGGCGACAAGGAACAGAAACUUCGAUUCGCCUUCCGGAUCUACGACAUGGACAAGGACGGCUACAUCUCCAACGGCGAGCUCUUCCAGGUGCUGAAGAUGAUGGUGGGAAACAACCUGAAGGACACGCAGCUCCAGCAGAUCGUGGACAAGACCAUCAUCAACGCUGACAAGGACGGCGAUGGCAGGAUAUCCUUUGAAGAAUUCUGCGCUGUGGUCGGCGGUCUGGAUAUACACAAAAAGAUGGUGGUGGACGUGUGAGCACUCCUCGUCGUCGUCCUCCUCCUCCUCCUCGCACUCGCUCGAGUCCCCGCCCCCCUCCAGUCGCUUCCUCCUCCAUCUCUGAAGAUCUGCUCAACAAAAAAACGCUUCAUAUUCCAUCGGCAGAAGAAUGAUCUCUCUCUUUCUGUUGCCCUGCGACUGGGAAUAGCCUUGCUCAAGUGUUAAGUGAAGAGCUACCAGUCACUUUUAAAAAAACAAAAAAAAUAUUAAAACGGACCUGAAAGACAUUUUGGAUGAGGAGAAGAUGAGCUCUUUUUUGUUUUGUUUGUUUGAUAUUUAUUUUGUUUUUUUUUUACAUUCAUUCACACCUGACUUGACAGUGCAGAACUAGCUACUUAGGGUAUGAAGUGCCAAGCAGAACAUAUCCACACACACAUAAAGUUACCACCCACCAUGCUCCAUCGAGAGCUUUAUUCGACUCUUUUUCUUGGAACAAACUAGCUUCGAAAUACGCAAGCAUGCACAUAACACAAUUUUAAGGGUUUUGUCGUCACUGGAAUGAGUAUUUAGCCGUGAAGCAGACUUCUUGCUGGCAGUGUUUUGGAACCUUUUCACAAAUCUGGAUGGCAUAGGCUGGAUGCUGUUUUUAAAGUCUUGGCAUUUCAUUUUUGAAACUUCCCAUCACUUCAUCCGGCGAUGAGCAAGCAGGGAGAAAACAAACAAACAAACAAAAAAAAGACAUUUUUAGUCUUGCAAGGGAAAAGCGCUUCCUACUUGAGAAGAUAGAGGCGGACCACCGCUGCUGCUCUCAACAGGACUUUUUUUCAGUCGGGAUGUGAAACUGGAACACCCCCCACCCCUCCACCUUUGUCCCAAACUCCCAAAGCUCUGCACUGCACGGCUUUGGCCUCCCUGUGCUUGCAUGACAUGGAAUUUUUUAUUUUAUUCAAUUUUUUUUUUGUUGUGCAUGUAGAUCAACAUGUUUGAACUAAUCCUCUUGUUUACACAUGAAUGGUGAUGUGAAUAUAUUUAAGAAUUUACUGGUCCACACGACGGAUGUUGCCAAACGUUUGGUCAAUGUACAUGAGAGGUAAUCCAAAUGAACUCAACUUAUGUGUAGUAAUUUUUAUUUUGUAUUCCUCUUGCCGGGUCAGCCACAUGCUUCUAUUUCAAACAGUUGCAUAUCUGAUCCUGUCUCAGAUGGCCACACACACACAGUACUCAAGCUUAUUAAAGGGGACAGUUUUUAUUUUAUUGUUUUGUAUAUUUUCUAUGCAGCUGUUCUCUAUAGUUCAGACUGCGCUUUAGUUUGUAAGUGCUUCUUUUUCUGAGGGACUUGGGUUCUUUUUUGUUUGUGUGUGUAUGGGGGGGGAAGUUUAUCAGAUGGUAUAUUUAAGGUUUUUACCCCCCUCUUUUUCUGCAUGCUGCAUAUUAUGCUGUGGGACUGUUGGAAACUUGAUACUGUAUGAAAAUAAUGAAAUACAAUUUAAAUAAACUUGUUGAGGUUA